GCGCAGCAGCAGCAUGGGCCAGCCAGUCCUGGACCUCCUGAGGCUCAUACUGCCGCUCGCCCUGGAGAACAUGUCCGUCCAGUCGCCGUUCGUGCACGACCUGCUGCCGGCCAGCGGCGAGGCGGUGCACCGGCCCUCGGGCUGGAACCUGUACUCGCCCGGGCCCACGGCGUGGGACUGGAGCCUGCGCGACGCCAACGGCACCACCUGGCGCUGGGAGGUCCCCCAGGGCACCUGGGACACCUGGCUCUGGGGCGCCGACCGCGACAAGUCGAACCACGGCGGCGGGUUCCGGCUGGUGCAGUCUGACGGCGAGGCGUGGGCGGAGCUGAGCUGGGAGCGCGCCGACGCCGACUCGGCGCGCUGGUUCUGCCGCAUGCGCGAGCCCGACCAGAGCCGCGGCGAGACCGCGCGCUCCGUGCAGGACCUGCCCGCCGAGCCCUGGACGAUCCGCUCCGGCGACCACUCCUGGGGGCUGGUGCGGCGGCGCGGCGCCCCCUGGUCCUUCUGCGCAGACGAGCUGUGCGUCGCGCUGGACGCCGCCUCGUGCGACCGCGGCCUGCACGCGGCGCGCCUGGGCGAGGAGGGCAUCGACUCGGUGGAGUGGGCCGCGCCCGGAGGGGACUACCGGGUCGUCAACGUGCGGCUCAGGCGCUCCGAGCCGGCCAGCGGCGGCUUCUUCAGCGACAUGAUGGACGCCGUGGUGCAGUUCUUCCGCCAGCUGUUCGGCGGCGAGACCUCCGGCCGCAGCGGCGAAGGGAGCUCCAACUCCGUGAUGCGGCUCAUCUCCGCGAUCAUCGGCCUGUUCGCCUCGGAGGACUCGGCUGCGGAGGGCGCGGCGGCGCGCAACCAGACGCAGCUCGCCGAGGAGCUACUGCGCCUGCGGGCCGCAGAGGUGUAGCCCCACGACACUCUGUCCACUGGCACAGCCCAUCUGCGGACUUUUCAUCCGAGGAUUCAACACAGAUAAACGAAGAGUUAUUCGUAAUCUAAAAUAACAAUUGAAUCUUCGUGGAAACUACGCAGUAUUUCAACUUCCGAUUUGCAGAUUCAGUUUAAACAAACGUACACACACGGAACGAAAGGAGAGUGUGUUCUUGUUGUAGACUUAACCAGUUUAUUGAAUGUUUUGUUAAUGAACCUAGAAUAUAUAUAAUUUUUUUGGAUUCAUGUUCAAAGUAGGUGAACUCAGUGUCCGUAAAUUAACGAAGGUAUCUGCAAAUUUAGGAAAAUCCAUGCAUAAUUUGUAACCAGCGUUCUCCGUAAAUUGGAGAUUGAAAUUUUUAACAGUGCGUACGCGGGCAAAUGUAGCCGGUUCAUUGGCUGCCUACUGGCGAGAAGUCUCAACUGGGCAGCCUGUGAUCCGGCCAUUCUUCAGUUAAGGGGUUUCCCACUGGCCGAGAUCAUGAGAUCAUGCUCUAUAAACUGAAGCAGCUUAGAGGUUUACACAUUUGAAUUUUAUCCUAACAAGAAAUGAAUAUGCGAGUUUAUCCGGUCCCUGAUUAUAGUUAGGGGCAUGCCGUUUACGCUAUAAAUAUAUAUAUAUAUAUGAACUCUCACUUGAUUGCAAUAACAUAUGAGCGUACCAGCGGUUCUUCUGUUAUUUCUCAGCAAUAACGAUUCCUCAUCUAAGUAGCUGAUCAGUAUCCUUACAAAAUCUGGGGCUUACGAAGUUGUCUAAUAUCUUUCAAGUGAGAAUUUAGAGGUUCGUAAAUUCUUGAAGUUGAGUUCCUGAUGUAUGUAUAUAUAUAUAUAUAUAUAUAUAUAUAUAUAUAUAUAUAUCUUCGAUCCACGUUUUUAUUGUAACACAUAUAUUAUUCUAUUUCAGACGAGUAUUGAAAUCUGUGUAUGUUUAUUAACUCCUAGGCUUUCGAGAAAUUAGCUAACUUUUUGUUGAUUGCACGUUUUUAAAUUAUAUUUAAACAUGCAUUGAAUAUAGUCACCUGAUAAUACUUACACUAAUCUAAAAUAUCUUUGAAAAAUACACGGCUAUUUCAUGCACUUAAACGUGCAAAAUCUUAAGUAUUCAAAUAAUAUAAAAUAAUUCAAUUUAACAUUAU